AUGCCAUCGACCACAUCCUCACAUGACAGCAAGUCAAGACAAUCCUCUGGCGGCAGGUCAUUCUUUGGAAGGAAGCUCAAAGACAAGCCCAACCAUCAAGAGCAUUUAGAGCAAGAUGGCGGAGAAAUACUACAAGUUGCAAGCGGCGGCUCUAACAACAGCGCCAAUAACUCGCGCUCCUCACGCCACUCCCAAAGACCGCCAAUACAGAUAGACAUGGGUCAAGAGCCGCCGGAUAAUUUGGGGUUCUCCAUGACUGCUGGUGUAAUUACUUCCAUUCCUUACGACAGCGUCCCCGCAGACCCCAAAAGUCCGAUCGCGGUAGAUUACCUUCCUAAAAAUGAGAGUACGACGCCGAAAAGAAAAGAGCCGCUACCUCAUCAGCUGAACAGAGGAGGCGCUGAUUUUCAUCAAUAUCCUGCCUGGGACCCUCAAAGUGCUCCUAUGCCGACAAAUGGGUCGGCCUCACAUCUUUCUGGGCCGCGACCGCCACCUCACUACUCCUCAAGUGCAGCCUCUUUAAAACCUCAAUCUACAACACUACCAGUGCGUGAUAGUAGCAGGCGGCCUGCACCCAAUUUUGCAAUUGGGGAUGCGGCAGCUCCUAUCCAGGAUCCACACGCCACGUUCAAUUCUACAUCAACUGGUGAUUCGGCAUCGAAUCAUCGCAAUUCUUUUGACCAGAUGAGCGUCAUGUCUUCUGUUUCGUCUGCCACUCGCUCGAGCAUCUUUUCCUCGGACAACUCAUCACGGACCGCUGUGCAGGAUCAGCGGCCAGGGACGUCUGGGAAACAUUCGCACUUUCAUGGCUCUCACACCGCUCAACAGCCGAGCUACUCUUCCUCAACUCCGUUCAACCCUGACGGCUUUCACUUUCCUCGACCGAACGACGAUCGAGUCAUUGAGCAGCAGUUCGUUGAUAUGAUGAAUAAGAGAAAUUUUCAAGCAAUGCCUGAGCAAGCAAAGAGACAAAUGCUGGCCUACCCAGCGAGCAAGAAGUGGCAGUUAGUGCACCAAGACAAAAUGAUGGAGUGGCAAGGAGAGCAAAAAAGACGGCAGGCUGCAAGGAAUACCAUCAUGAGCGUCGAUGGAGGGCCAAGUAUGAUCUCGAGAGCAGACGAAGAAGGCAGUCCAGAAUGGUACGUUAAGCGGGUCAUGAACGAUACUAUCACCGCGAAGCAACUGGGGAGUCUCAGUGUCAGUCUGAGAACGCAACCAAUCAGCUGGGUGAAGGCUUUUGUUGAAGCUCAGGGUCAGCUCGCCUUGUCAAAUGUACUGGGAAAGAUCAAUCGGAAACAAGGUCAAGGACCAGCACCCGUGCAAGGUUCGACGAGCGAAAAAGAUCUGGACAGAGAAUACGAUAUCAUCAAGUGCUUGAAGGCUCUCAUGAAUAACAAAUACGGCGCUGACGAUGCUCUUGCCCAUCAGCAGGUUGUUGUUUCCUUGGCCACCUCUCUCACGUCGCCACGUUUGACGACGAGGAAGCUUGUCAGCGAGGUCUUGACUUUUCUGUGCCAUUGGGCAGAUGGAGAUGGACAUCUCAAGGUACUACAGGCGAUGGACCACGUCAAGAAUCAGCAGGGAGAGAACGGCCGCUUUGACGCCUGGAUGCGAAUAGUCGAAGUAAGUAUCGAUGGGCGGGGCAAGAUGGGCAGCAUGGUUGGUGCUAGUGAAGAAGUACGAAGCGGUGGAAUCGGCAUGGAGAACAUGCUCAUGGAAUAUGCUGUGGCCACGCUUUUCUUGAUCAAUAUGAUGAUCGAUGCACCAGAACAUGAUCUGCAGAUGCGGUGCCAUAUCAGAGCUCAAUUUACCUCGUGUGGUAUCAAGCGCAUAUUGCACAAGAUGGAGGAUUUUCAGUACGAAGUCAUUGAUAAGCAGAUCGAGCGUUACCGGGAGAAUGAGGCCAUAGACUACGAGGAUCUGAUGCAACGGGACGCCAGCAGUAUGAAGGAUAGCUUUGAAGCAGAUGUCAAAGAUCUACAAGAUCCGACAGAAGUCGUCAAUGCGAUCAUGAACAAAGUGCAAGGAAGCAGAGCACAAGACUAUUUCCUGUCUGCUAUGCAGCAUAUGCUCCUCAUCAGAGACAAUGACGGCGAGGAUCGACUUAGGAUGUUCCAACUCGUAGACGCCAUGCUCAGCUACGUUGCAAUGGACCGUAGGCUGCCGGACAUGGACCUCAAACAGAGUCUGAAUUUCUCCGUCCAGAAUCUACUGGAUAGAUUACAUACAGACUCGGAAGCACGGCUGGCAAUCGAUGAAACGACUGAGGCAAGACAAGUGGCAGACUCAGCCAUUGCUGAACGAGAUGAGAUGAAAGCUCGGAUUGACAUGGGCGCUGACGGCUUGGUGGCCAAAUUGCAAAAGCAACUUGAAGAGCAAGCGCAGAUCAUUGAGCUCCAGGGGCGACAGAAUGAUGCACUGAAGUCUGAAUUAGCAGACCUGCAAAGAAUACGUGCUCAAGAGCUGCAACGGAACGAACUGGAAACCAGAGAGCUCUAUCUAAUGUUACGGGACGCUCAAGAUUUCGCCGCCUCCGUCGCCAAGAAAGGUGUGCCCGAAGCUAUGGCUUCAAUGGAUCCAAAGAAGAUGCAAGGCAUACUCGAUCGAGAUGCGCUCAUGGCUCGUCUCGAAACACAGCUAGAAAGGGCAAAGACCCAAUGCAAGCUCGAAGGAAAGGUCUGGCAGCAAUCUAGCCCCAAUGAAAGGCUACGGGAAUUGCGUGAGCAAAUGGACGGUGGUGAGCCAGGUGAGCGCGAGAACUAUGCCGCCCGAAUUACUCGAGAGUUCAGCGGCGGUCCAAUCAGCAGAACAACUCGAAGCAAGAUCUUGAAGGGUCCCAGACGCGCAGCUGCAGAAGCAUUGGCUGCUCGUGAGAGCAAUAGUACUGAUAGCAGCUACAAAGUCGAUGGCGAGGGUGAUGAUGCGGUCAUAUAUGAGAAGCCCAGAAUUGUCCAAAUGAAGCGGCCUCAAAUGAGCGCUCGACAAGCAACUGGUCUCUUAGGUGAGAUAGCAGCCAAGGUCAAACGAGUCGACGCAAGCGAAGACGAAGAUGGCGACGGUAUCACGACGGGCACCUCGCACCCGAGUCUUGAGUCGGAUUCCCCAAAGACACCCAUCGAUGAGCCUUCACCGAAAGAUCAAGCCGAUAGAAAGGACAUGCCUCCUCCGCCGCUACCUGUUUCUAUCAAUGCUCCGUCGGCUCCAAAGAUCACCGGCUUCGAAGGUGGUCCUCCACCUCCACCUCCACCACCGCCUCCGCCGCCACCUACGCCUCCAAUGAGUUCUUCUCCUGCUAUGCCGGGCUUCUCCAAUAAUGCUCCACCGCCACCUCCUCCGCCCCCUAUGCCGGGUACCAUGCCAGGCACGCCUAGCUCUAUUCCUGGAUCCAAUCGUACAUCUUUGGGCCCGCCACCCACGCCUGGUGCACCACCACUCCCCAGUCCGAAGAAGGGUGGCUACCACGGUCAACUACAAUAUCCAGACGCUCCCACCUUGCAUCUUCCAACGCUAAGGCCGAAGAAGAAGCUGAAGGCUCUCCAUUGGGACAAGGUAGAUACUCCACAAGUCACGGUUUGGGCUUCACAUGCGCCAACUCAUCAAGAAAAGGAAGAGAAGUACCAAGAGCUCUCUCGUAAGGGAGUCUUGGACGAAGUCGAAAAGUUGUUCAUGGCCAAAGAGAUCAAAAAGAUAGGCACGACUGCUGGUAAGAAAUCCGACAAAAAACAAAUCAUUGGAAGCGACUUGCGGCAGAAAUUCUUGAUCUCGCUUGCAAAAUUCUCAACCAACGAUGCGGACGACGUGAUUCGCAUGAUCAUCCAUUGCGAUCGAGAGAUCCUUGAUAAUAAUGUGGUCAUGGAUUUCCUCCAGAAAGAUGACAUGUGCAGUGUGCCUGAAAACACCGCUAAGCUUAUGGCUUCUUACAGCAAAGAUUGGACGGGCCCAGACGCUCUCAAGACACCUCGAGAGCAAGAUCCAGCCGAGCUGACAAGAGAAGAUCAAAUAUACCUCGCUACAGCGUUUGAGCUCAGCCACUAUUGGAAGUCGAGAAUGCGAGGUCUCCAGCUUACUCGAACUUUUGAGCCAGAAUAUGAUGUGAUUUCAAAGCAAUUGAGGGAGGUUGUCAAGGUGUCUGAAUCUUUGCGUGAUUCUGUGGCCCUCAUGAACAUUCUUGGCCUUAUUCUUGAUAUUGGUAACUACAUGAACGACUCUAACAAACAAGCCACUGGGUUUAAGCUGAGCUCACUUGGUCGGCUUGCCAUGGUCAAGGACGAGAAGAAUGAGUCUACCUUUGCAGAUCUUGUUGAGCGAAUUGUCCGCAAUCAGUAUCCGGAAUGGGAAGGCUUCAUCGAGGACAUUGGCGGCGUCGUCACGGCGCAAAAGCUCAACAUUGAACAGCUGCGCGUUGAUGCCAAGAAGUAUAUUGACAAUAUCAAGAACGUACAGUCGUCACUUGACUCGGGCAAUCUAAGCGAUCCCAAGAAAUUCCAUCCACAAGACCGAGUCAGCCAAGUCGUCCAGCGCUCGAUGAAGGAUGCAAGAAGGAAAGCCGAACAAAUGCAAUUAUACCUCGAGGAAAUGAGCAGGACUUACGACGACAUCAUGACUUUCUACGGCGAAGACAGUACAGAUGAGAAUGCGCGAAGGGAUUUCUUCUCCAAGCUUGCCAACUUUGUUCUUGAAUGGAAGCGAUCCAAAGACAAGAACAUGGCAAUUGAAGAAACCCGCCGCCGCAACGAGGCGUCUAUGGCUCGCAAACGCGCCCACCAAAAAGCUGUCAACCCAGCUGCAGCCAGCAUCGCGUCCCCGACAGACAGCCCUCUGUCUCCGUCCUCCACUGGUGCCAUGGACUCACUGCUGGAGAAACUCCGCGCCGCGGCCCCACAAGCCAAAGACCAACGAGAUCGCAGGCGCAGGGCUAGAUUGAAGGAUAAGCACGAAGUCCGCAAAGCGAGCGGGCAGGCCAUUCCUGAUUUGCACGACCUUACGAAGCCAAGAGAUGACGGCACCAACGGCGAGGCACCUUCCCUCUCGCCCGACGCAGAUGGGGAACGUAUGGAUCCCAUCUCUGAAGGCGAGGAUAUCGCUGAACGAGCAGCCAACAUGCUGCAAGGGCUCCGUGAUAAUAAGACCCCUGAUGACGUCGACGCCAACGGACGACCAGGCAGUCGCGAUGGCAGUGGCAGUCUGAGGGUGAGAAGGAAGAGAGAAAGCGCUAACGAGGAACGCAUGAAUCGGAGGAGGCGGAGGCAAAGGGAGAGCUCGAGUACCAGUGGUGCUACUGCUGAGGAAGAAAUACGUCCGUCGUCCGCUGCCGGCGGCAAUGUUGGUGGCGGUGACACGAUUAAGGAGGACGAGGAAGAAGGCGAUAGCACCAUCAUCGAAGAUCAUGACGAGGAGGGCGGUCUGCCUAAGACGGUCAUCAGUCCUCCGAGCCCAGAGCCGCCGGCCAAGAUGGACGUAGAGGGCCGGGCGGGAAGACCGAUUGUCUUGGACGACUGA